AUGGACUCGCGGCACCGGCCGGGCCCCGCCCCACCGCCUUCCUCCCCACCGCCCUCCUCCCCACCGGCACCUCGGUCCGCCUCCCCGGCCGGGUUUUGCCUUUGUGCGGCGGGCGUCCUUCCGGUGUCUGUAACCGCCACCGCCCGCGGCGCGCGUGGAAGAGGGGCGGGCCCAGGGCUGCUCGCUUCUCCCUUCCAGAGCGCUGCGCGCGCCCGCGAAGCGUCGUGCCGGGAGCGGGCGUGGGUCGCGAAGACGAGCGGGCUUGGCCUAGACCGAGCGCGGGCGACGGGAGGCGGCGCCGUCCCCGGUGGAGCCGCCCGGGAAGAAAGCCGGCGCGCAACACGAUGGUUGGGUUUGGAUUGUUGUACUUUUUUUUUUGUUCGUUGCAUUUUUAGGAACAAAAAAAAAAGCCCAACCCUUCACACCACUUCAUCCGCAUCUCUGAGGACCAGAAGCCCGGCCACAGCGGCUUGGUGGUACGGAGACGACUGUCUGCACCGCACCCCCGACCCCGGGUCUUCAGAAGAACACUAUGAGAUGGAAAUUAUGAUGCUCAUCCAAUAAAUGAGGAAACAGAUGAAGUGAUUUCUCCAAGGUAAAACACAGGGGCCAAGCUGAAACUCUACAGUCAGAUUCCAGAUAUAGUUCUUUCUACAGCACGGUCACUGUCGGUGCCAAAGAAAACCACCCCAUUCUCCUACUACGUUAGUGUUACCUUGAAAAAAAAGGAAAAAACCUGAUUUAUGGAAACAUCUUAAAUACUCUAAUAUGAAAAUGAUACAAGAGUGAAAAGUUAACUUAUAAAUCACAAAUUAUCUUUAAUGUAAUUAUAUAAUUUAUAUAGUUGAUCUGGCUGGUGGUAGAUAAUGAAUAAACUUCUGGCCAGCUAAAUGUACUAGUUAAAUUUGCAUAGAAAUCCCUAAACUGUUAAAAAAAUGAACUAUUAAGAGAACAUUAUAUGUUAAACUCUCUUAAGUAUAGAAAAACAGGGAAGGAAGAAUAGCCUCUCUCUCCUCCCAUGGUCCUAAUAAAACAGUGGUCAGGGAAUCACCACAUACAGUGUGACUAGAAAAAAAGAGUAACUGCAUAAUAAAACCUACAUGCACAGCUACAUCCUUCCUGGAGGAGCACAGUGUAACUAGAUCCUGUUACUGAUGACGCUGAGGGAUUGUCAAAAUUGUUGUCACACUGGAAUUCCCUUCUAUUGAGUGUUCUUCAAAUAAGUAAACUAACAGCUGAAGAUUAGAAUUCAUAUGUCAGCACAGCAAUAAGACUAUAAAUAUAGUCAUUUAAGUUUCUGUCUUUUGUAAUGUAUUUUUACAGGUAGAAUUUCUAAUAUUUUAUAUAUAUGAAAUACAUAUAUUCCUUGUUGUGUUGAUUUAUUUCAUGCUUUUUGUUGUGGUUUUUGU